GCUAUGGCGGUGGUGGAUUACAGCCAGGUCUAGCACCUGUUAUUCCUCAGACUGGCCUACCUGGAGGUGGGCUGGGACCUGGUGCCGGAAAAGGAAAGGCUCCAAAAGGAGGAGUACCAGGUGUGGGGUGUGCCUGGACUUUACCAAGGUGGCCAGGUGCCAGGACAAGGGUUUGGUGGUCGUGGAGUGUUGCCCGGUGUGGCCACUGGGAACGGACUCAAUCCCAAAUCAUUGCCAGGUGGAGGACAGCAGGGACCAGGAGGCUCGGGUCGUGUUGGUUAUGGAGGACCAAUGCAGCCAGGAGUAUUCCAUGGAUACCCACUCAAAACACCCAAAACACAAGGUGGCUAUGGAGCAAAAGUUGGAGGAGCUGGAGGCAAACUUCCAUUUGGAUAUGGAGGCUUUGGUGGUGGUGGUGGAGCAGGCCUUCCUGGUGGAAAAGGUGGUCCUGGAUCCAAGCCUGGAUACCCCAUUGGAACUGGUGUUGGGACAGGAGGUCUUAACCCGGCCCAGGCUCAGGCUAAAGCUGCUAAAUAUGGUGCUGGUCCUGGUUUGGGUGGUGUGCCUGGUGCAGGUGGAGCUUACCCUGGAGCAGGAGGAGCUUACCCUGGAGCAGGAGGAGCUUACCCUGGAGGAGUCCCAGGAGGUGCGGGUGGGGUCCCAGGUCUUGGAUCAGUAGCAGGAGGAGCAGGAGGAGUACCUGGAUGGUUACCCGCAGGAGCUGGAGGAUAUAACCCUGCUGCGGCCAAAGCUGCUAAAUAUGGAGUUCCAGGGGGUGCAGGUGCAGGCCUAGGAGCUGGAGGAUUUGGUGGGGUACCAGGAGGAGGAGGAGGGGGUGUACCUGGGGCCGGAGGACUCCCAGGAGGAGGUGCAGGCAGGCUCCCAGGUGCUGGCUCAGUCGCAGGAGGAGCAGGAGGAGUACCUGGGGCUGGAGGAUAUAAUCCUGCUGCGGCCAAAGCCGCUAAAUAUGGAGUUCCAGGAGGAGCAGGUGCAGGGUUAGGAGGAGCUGGAGGCUAUGGAGCGGGAGCCAGGCCUCCCUAUUACGGUGUUCCAGGGGGUGCUGGAUUUGGGGGAGCAGGAGCUUUUCCAGGGUCUGGAGGAUUCAACCCUGCCGCCGCCGCCAAAGCUGCUAAAUAUGGGGUCCCAGGAGGUACAGGGGCAGGCCUAGGAGCUGGAGGUCUUGGAGGAACAGGAGGGGUACCAGCAGGAGGAGCUGGGGCUGGAGGUGUCCCCGGAGGUGCAGGAGCAGGCCUAGGAGCAGGAGGAGUACCAGGAGGAGGAGCAGGGGGGGUACCUGGGGCUGGAGGAUAUAAUCCUGCUGCAGCCAAAGCAGCUAAAUAUGGAGUUCCAGGAGGUACAGGAGCAAGCCUAGGAGCUGGAGGACUUGGAGGAGGAUAUGGAGGAGCAGGAGGGGCUGGGGCUGGAGGAUAUAACCCUGCUGCGGCCAAAGCUGCUAAAUAUGGAGUUCCCGGAGGUGCAGGAGCAGGCCUAGGAGCUGGGGGAGCAGGAGGAGUACCAGGAGGAGGAGCAGGGGGUGUACCUGGGGCUGGAGGAUAUUAUCCCGCUGCGGCCAAAGCUGCUAAAUAUGGAGUUCCAGGAGGCCUAGGAACAGGCUUAGGAGGAGGAGGACUUGGAGGAGUACAGGGAGGAGUACCUGGAGGAGGAGCAGGGGGUGUACCUGGGGCUGGAGGAUAUAAUCCUGCUGCAGCCAAAGCUGCUAAAUAUGGUCAGGGGGCUGCUGGUGGGCCAGGGGGUGGAUAUGGUGGCGUGCCUGCUGGAGGAUAUCCCAGGCCUGGGGGCUAUGGGGGGUAUGGAGGGGCAGGAGCUGGAGGGUAUAAUCCUGCUGUGGCCAAAGCUGCUAAAUAUGUCCCAGGAGCUGGAGGAGCAGGCCUAGGAGCUGGAGGAGCAGGCCUAGGAGGAGCAGGAGGAGUACCAGGGCCUGGGGCUGGACCAGGAUAUGGAGGCUAUGGAGGAUAUGGAGGGGUACCAGCAGGAGGGGCUGCUGCUGCGGCCAAAGCUGCUAAAUAUGGAGUACCAGGAGGUGCAGGAGCAGGCCUUGGAGCUGGAGGACUUGGAGGAGCAGGAGGAGUACCAGGGGCUGGAGGAUAUAACCCUGCAGUGGCCAAAGCGGCUAAAUAUGGAGUCCCCGGAGGUGCAGGAGCAGGCAUAAGAGCUGGAGGAACAGGAGGAUUACCAGGAGGAGGAGCAGGGGGUGUACCUGGGGCUGGAGGAUAUAAUCCCGCUGCAGCCAAAGCUGCUAAAUAUGGAGUCCCAGGAGGUGUAGGAACAGGCCUAGGAGCAGGAGGACUUGGAGGAGGAGGACAGGGAGGAGUACCUGGACAAGUAGGAGCUGGAGGAUAUGAUCCCGCAGCCAAAGCUGCUAAAUAUGGUAUGCCAAGUGGGGCGGGCAUCGGUGGAGAAGGUGUGCCAGCACCUAUAGCGACUCCAAGACCAGGUGUGGGCGUGGGUGGUGGUGUUGGAGGAACUGCCAUUGAGCGCACUGACGUACCAGUGGGCACAGGGAUACCUAUCGCAGGCAAACCAGCAGAGGAUUCAUCUCUAGAACCCAGUGGAACUCCCAUCCCAGAUCCCACACCUAUUGGCACAGAGGCCCCAGAGCCAGAGCCCAGUGCCACAGGAGUAACUGGAGUUGGGGCUGGGGUUCUUCAACCUAGUGUUGGUACAGGCCCAGCUCAGCCUGGUGUGGGUGUCGGAGCAGGUGGCAAAGCUCCUAAACCCCCUGGUGCAGGGGGAUACCCGUAUGGUGGUUAUGGACAGGCAGGACAACUCCGGUAUGGUCAAGGUUAUGGACAGGGUGCUGGUGGAUAUCCCUAUGGAGGAGGACAUGGAAAUCCAUACGGAGCAGGAGCUGGACAACUUCCUGGAGCCAAGCCCCUGAAACCUCCAGUUGUGGGAGGAGCAGGUGGUGUGGCUGGAGGAGCAGGUAUCCCUCUUACUGGAGCAGGUGGUGGUGCAGGGGGAUACCCGUAUGGUUAUGGUCAAGGUGGUUAUGGACAGGGACAGGGUGUGAGGUAUCCCACUGGUGUUGGUCUGGGGGCAGGAGCAGGUCAAAAAGCACCCAAACCCCCAGGUUAUGGUAACCUAGGUGCUGGUGGUGCUGGUUAUAAUCCAGGUGCUGGUGCGGUCCCAGGUUACGGCGGUGGCUACCCACAACAACAGGGUUACCCACAGCAAGGUGGCAGCUACCCACAACAACCCUACCCAGGAGCAUAUGGAGCAGGCCAGACGGCACCACUGACUCCUCAACAAGCCAAAGCAGCCAAGUAUGGCCCACUCCAGGGCUUCCUUGGUGGAGCAGGAGGAGGAGGCUACAGACCAGGAGGAGUUGCUGCUGGAUGCCAAAGCAAAUACUGUGGAAGGCAGAAGUAGAGGAUGUUCUUCAGAAGAAGUUGAACCUCAAGAAACAAUGGUGCUACUGCAUGAUCUAGAAUGUACAUUUUAUAUGCACAAAAUCCCCCAUUACAGUAUGUAAAGAUAUGUUGUACUUUAUUUGACUCAAUAUAUUUUUUAUACAAACCCACCGACCCAGACUUUUGCACACAUUUGAUGUGACUUAGUGUUUUUGAUUGUGCCUUUAUCAUUGUUCAUUGUGUUCAUCAGCUCUUACUGACAUGUCUGCGAUGCUCCCUUUUAGUAGUUACCAAGUGUUUGUAUGUGCAUGCAUGUGUGUGGGCGUGGAUGUGUGGCUGUGUGUCUCUCUAUGUGCUUGUGAGUUUUCACAUGUUGCCAGAGAUGUUUGGGUAUAUAGGAGAAUAUGAAAGAUUAUCCAACUAGAGCCAUUCAGCAUGCUUUUAAUGCAGAGAAGUGCUCCAAGUCAAAACCAGCACCAUUCCUGUAACUGUACAUCCCUCUCCAUGUGCUUAGUGUCUGUGUGUACCAAAGUUGGAGAUCUUCACAUACUGACAUCUCAAACCAAGGGUUGAGCUUCAAGAGGUGUGGUUGGUAAAGUGCUGAUAAACUUUGGCCAUGUAUCUUCAGAACUGCCUCCUCUGGCUUUCUAUCAUCUCUGCUGCUAUUUAUAGCCCUGGGUGAAAUAGCAGUGGCAUAGCGCGUGUGUGUGGGCACAGGUUUCACAGUCCAUCUGCCAUCAGCAACUUUGACUAUAUUUUAAGUGCCAUGGUGUAAGUAGCCUUCUUGCCUUGAUUUCUGACAAACUUGGGAAGUAUGAAGAGCAGGUGUUGCUCUGAAUGUGAUAAAGCUGAUGACAAUCAAUCCAAAGGUGUUCAAAAGAUUUGUAGGUGAUAUCUUCAGUGAUAUUCAUAUCAUACAUUGUGUUGGUUUGUACCCAAGUCCUUUCAAAUGGUGUGUUUUGUUUUUUAAAUGAUUUGUAUGUUUUAAGUUUUACAAACAUGUAAAAGUAAAACUGAAAUCCUUUCGAUACUGCUCUGGCAUGUCUUGUACGUUAUGUAUGUAUGUAUUGAACAUUUUGUUUUAUUAAUUACUUAUCAUUUUUCUGGUGUCCAAGAUUAAGUGCCUAGAAUGUUAUGCAUAUCUGUAAUCAAUCUAGUUUCACAUGCAGUUAUAGUUUCAUUUAUGCAAAUUGUCGCUCAUUAUUCAAGUUUCAAAUGUUUCCGCUCAUGAAAGUAGACUAUCACCAUAUUUGUGUAAUCUUGAAUAAGGCAAAAAAUGUUUGUUAAAAAAAAAUAUAUAUUUGGGUAAUGCAUUUAAUCACUGUUGAGAAUUUUAAUAUGUGUCUGUGUGUAGGCUAUAGCCCCUAGUCUGUGUAAAUUGUGAGAGUGAGCUCCCAUUUCACUCUUUACUUGAGUUAGUUACAGUUGAAUAAGACUCACUAGACAUUACUGACCAAAGAUUGAUUCGCUCUGUUAUAAAGUUACACUACGAUGUCUCUUUAGGGAUUGUGUGUACUGUAUGUUGUAGUAAUUGCCCUAGGUUAUCAUGACUCUCACUCGCUUCAGUUUUUGUAGCCUACUCGUGAGGCUUUUUCUGAACUGUGUGUGAGCCGCUCCUCUGCCGUGCGGUGGGAUAGUAUUCAUCUUAUUUAAAUGGAAAAAGGAGGAACGAUGGGGUUUUGCACUUUUAUAUUUUCAUGACGCACAUGUGACUUGUUCCCGGUAAUCCCGGCAUUUUAUUUGCUUAAGUAAAAUAACGAAAUAAAAUGGUUAAUAAAUACA